UUGUUCCAAAAGAUGCCCUCUAUUUUUGCCAAAAGAAAUGCAGAAAGAGCUGUUAGAUGACAACAACCCAUCAUAAUUCAUGGGAAAAGAGAUUCAGUGCUUCUGUCACCCCUUGACCCACCAACCUAAUACUGUGUGAUUCUUGAUCAUAGCAACCUUCCCUCUGUGUCUCUUUAUAUAAGUAAUCCAAUAAUAUCCACCCUUCAGAAUAUUUCAAUAGCAAAGCAAAGCCUGUCUAGAAAAUGGUCAGUCCCAAGUGGGAAAUGGGUCUUCUUCAACUUUUCAUAACCAUCUUCUUAUUAUUCUCAGUCAAUCUUUAUGUGGGUGCUAGUGUUUUUGAAUCAACUUUGACUGACCCAGUUGCCCAACAAGGACUAGACAGGGUUCUUGAGCUUCCAGGUCAAACCUUCAACAUUAGCUUUGCACACUACUCAGGGUACGUCACUGUUAAUCAAGAAUCUGGAAGGAAUCUCUUUUAUUGGUUCAUGGAGGCUGUUGAGGAUCCUGAUUCUAAGCCCCUCAUUCUUUGGCUCAAUGGAGGACCUGGAUGUUCCUCCAUUGCUUAUGGAGAGGCAGAGGAGAUAGGUCCAUUUCAUAUCCAGAGAGAUGGGAAGACCCUUUAUUUGAAUCCAUAUUCUUGGAAUCAAGUUGCAAACCUACUGUUUGUUGACUCCCCUGUUGGAGUUGGGUUUUCAUACUCAAAUACUUCAUCUGAUUUGCUGAACAAUGGCGAUAAAAGGACUGCUGCAGACUCACUUGCGUUUUUGCUAAAGUGGUUUGAGCGCUUCCCGCAAUUUAAAGGAAGGGACUUCUAUAUCACAGGGGAGAGCUAUGCAGGACAUUAUGUUCCUCAGCUAAGCCAAGCCAUUGUAAGGUAUAACAAAGCAACAAAAGGGAAGGCAAUUAAUCUGAAGGGUUACAUGGUGGGAAAUGCUCUUACCGAUGAUUACCAUGACCACUUGGGGAUUUUUGAGUUUAUGUGGGCAGCUGGUUUGAUUUCUGAUCAAACAUACAAGAAACUUAAUCUUUUCUGCGAUUUCCAAUCCUUUAUCCACUCUUCAGAUUCUUGUGAUAAGAUUUUAGACAUUGCCAGCGAAGAACUUGGAAACAUUGACCCAUAUAGCAUAUACACUCCUCCCUGCACUGCCAAUGUAAGCGGGUCAAAUCGGUUGCUCAAAAAGAUGCAUAAGGUUGGUCGUGUCUAUGAAAAGUACGAUCCAUGCACUGAAGCACACUCAACCGUCUACUUCAAUCUGCCAGAGGUUCAGAAGGCUCUACAUGUUUCAAAAGAAUUUGCACCAUCUAAGUGGGAAACUUGCAGUGAUCUUGUAAAUAAUAACUGGAAGGAUUCACCUAGGACAGUGCUGGACAUUUAUCACGAGCUCAUACAUUCUGGAAUCCGUAUAUGGGUAUUCAGUGGUGAUACGGAUGCUGUUAUCCCAGUAACAUCCACUCGGUACAGUAUAGAUGCUCUCAAACUUCGAACAACAAAGCCUUGGCAUGCUUGGUAUGAUGAUCGACAGGUGGGUGGAUGGACCCAAGAGUAUGCUGGACUUGCAUUUGUCGUGGUGAGGGGAGCAGGGCAUGAAGUCCCUCUUCAUAGACCUAAACUUGCUCUUACACUCAUCAAAGCUUUCUUAUCAGGAACAUCAAUGCCAACCCUUGAGCCAGUCAGUUCCUCUUGAUUGUCUCAAUAUUAGGGUUUAAUUUUCAGAACCUGAUGGAUGUGCUAAAAGGAAGUUGUAAUGCUUGCAAUUUCUGGAAUUUCUUUUCUUUGUUUUCCAAACAAUAGAUGUGCUUUUCAUUCCAUUUCUUCAAAUGGCUGCACUAGACUAAAAUACCUUUGCCGGAAGAGAUAAUCAGAAUUGUAGCUCUGAAGAUUAAAUGCA